GGGUUUAUAUGGUGGUGGUGGCUGGUGGUAACGUUGGUGUGGUGGUGGUUGCAGAUCACGGGCUCGAUGAGGCAGAGGGCGCGGCUUACCACCACCACCACAGCCAUCACCAGCAACAUCAUCGGCAUCGUCAUCAUCAUCCACUAUCCGUUCCUCCUCCUCACCAUCACCAUCAUCAGGCGCUACAGGAAGACGAGCAACAACAGCAAGAACAGGGCCAACAGGCGACCACCACGUCAACGACAACCAGUACAACCAGCAACAGCAGCGGCGGCGGCAGCAAGUAUCAUCAACGGAGCCCGGCUGACUACAGGCAGCAGAAGUUGAUACGCGAUCAUCAUCAACAGCACGGUUACAGGUGUCCCCUUUGUUGUAGGACAUUGCAGGAUAUCAGCACAAUGAGGGCUCACUUGGAGCAUCAUUAUCCGCGUGAUUCGCCUACAUGUCCGGUCGCCUCUUGCGCCAAGACCUUUUCUCACCCGAACAGCGUCAGGAAUCAUAUGCGUUUGAAGCAUCCGGUGCAAUGGGAUCAGAUAAAGACGCUCAGAUGGACUUACGUCUGA